AACUAAUCAUGAGAGCUGUAACUCUUGUUGUAUUCGCAGUCUUGUUAGUUGCCGUUGUGGCACAGCGCGGUCCGGGUGGCGGCGGUCAAGGACCACCUGGCGGUCAAGGACCACCUGGCGGUCAAGGACCACCUGGCAGUCAAGGAGCAUCUAGCGGUGUAGGAACACCACGCGAUCAGGGACCACCUGACGUUCAGGGACCACCUGGUCCACCCAAACCACCACGUGGACCACCACGUGGCCCACCACGUGGCCCCCCACGUGGCCCACCUGGUGGCAGCGAUGCCGGCGACAAUGAUAACACUGAAGACCCAGAAAAUCCUGAUAAUCAGGAAGAUGGAGGUGAUUAGGCUGAGGACCCUAGCGAUAAUGGCUAAAAUCAAAGCUCCAUACUGUCUACAGGUCAAUGCAUUGUUUAAUCAAUAAAUUUAUUAUGCGACUUCAA